CAAAUGAAAGAGUUGCACUCACUUUUUUUCGCAGAGAAAUGAGACAAGUUUAGAGUGGAAUGUAUCCACGGAGCAGCUGUGAAACAGCUGCGCUUUAAAAAUAUAGGGAAUAACCAGAAACACAAUUUACCGAAAUGAACCGCUUCGAGUAUGUGGAGGCCCGUCUCAGUUCCAACGAAUCGUUCGUCAGCCGUGACAACAAGGUGAAAAUAUACGAUGGGGAGAACAAGACGGAGUUUGAAGAAGGCGAGGUUGUGCUUACCACGCACAGACUGUUUUGGGGUCGACCGGGCGAGAUAGCCCGAGCCGCCGUAACCCUUUGCCUGCCACUGAGCUAUGUCAUAUCGCUCAGCGAAGAAACGACAGCCUCCAACUUCUUUGGCAGAAAGACCCGCAUAAUAAUGCACCUGCGACCGCCGUCGCCCGACAAAGGGCCUGGCCCGCUGGACACCAGUCGUGCUACACAUAUUAAGCUCUCUGGAAAGAACGGCUUGAGCGUUGAGUUCCACAGUGCUCUGAGGGAGACCCUCAAUGCGCGCGUCUGGGAGAUCUCCCUGACCAGCGAGACGAUCGUCAACAACGUGGCCAGCAGCCCCAAAUCGGACACUGGUAACGACCGGCUAGCUCGCAUUCAGAAGAGAACAGGAAUCGGAGGCAUUGAGCGUCACUUGGAGGCGAAGGCCAAGGCCACGGAUGAGAACAUAGCUGCCUUUCAGGAUCUUAGUGUGCUAAUGGCCAUGGCCAAGGACAUGGUUGGCAUCUCAAAGGCAAUCAGCGGCAAGAUUCGCGAGCAGAAAGGUGAGAUAUCUGAUGAUGAAACUGUGCGCUUUAAGUCCUACCUCAUGAGCCUGGGAAUCGACGAUCCGGUCACCCGUGACAACUUCACCAGCAAUACAGAGUACUUCACCAAUUUGGCGCAACAGAUUUGCGAAGUGCUUCUAGAUCCCCUCGAGGAACAAGGUGGUAUGAUGUCCUUGGCUGAUGUCUACUGCCGUAUAAAUCGGGCUCGAGGACUGGAGUUGUUGUCGCCUGAGGACUUGCUGCACGCCUGCGAGCAGCUUAGUGGACCCAUACGCCUUCGCAGUUUUCCCAGUGGAGCUAGAGUCCUUCAGCUGGAGUCGCACGAUGAUAGCCUAAUUGCUGUCGACACUUUGGAGAAGGUCCAAGCAGCCGAGAGUCUGGCAGUGGAGGAACUCGCCAAACAAUUGGGAAUUUCCCUUUUGCUUGCCAAGGAGAGGCUACUGGUUGCCGAACGUCUGGGCAGCGUGUGCCGGGACGAGUCCAUAGAAGGUCUCCGUUUCUAUCCCAAUCUUCUGUUAAACCGCGACUAAUUGAACUGUGCUUACUAACUAACUAAAAAAAAAGCUUGAUA